AUGUUUGUUUUAUUCAUUCUCUUUGCUGCUGCUGCUUUCGUUAACUCUGAUUCAGAUCGCGAGUACAACAAUUUAUCGGACUUAUUAAAAAUAGAAUAUUUUUUAAAAACAACCACCACCACCACCAUCGUCACCAUCAUUACCACCACUACUACUACUACAAUCAAUAAAAUCGAUCAAAUAAAAAAAAUUGCCAAUAAUAUCAAUGUCACGAAUGAAGCUGUAAAAAUUCUUCUUCCAUCAAUAUGUGUUUUUAUUUUAACAAUAUUUUCGAUCAUAUGUCAUUUUGCGCGAAAAUGUUACUUGAAUGAUGGAGACUGUAAACAAGCGUGGUUUUAUUUGAAGACACCCGCUGAAUACAGACGUCGUCGAGAAAUUGCUCGAAAUAAAAAAGUGGUGCUUGAUCAGAUUAUUGUACAAUCCUCAUCCAGCAUUUAUGCAAUUGCUUAG